AUGUGUGGUUCCUUUAUGAUAAAUCACACCACAUACUUCACUUCUGUCGAUAGCCACCAAGGAGGAACGCAAUCAACUCUAAAGAAUUUAUGCGGUGCUGUGUAUGGUUUUACACCACACAACCAUUUUCUAACCAAACCCAGACCAUGGCUUCCGAGGAGUGCAUUUUGUUAGAUGUGGAACUGGACAAUUUUAUUCUUUGCAACAUCUCUGCUGUCCAAAGUGCAAAUUUCUCUCUCCUGGGUGAGGACCUGUUUUACUACAAAUUCCUAUAUGCAAUUCCAACUAUUUAUGGGAUCAUAAUUUUAAUAGGGCUUGUUGGCAAUGUUACGCUGAUCAAAAUCUUUUGCACAGUGAAGUCCAUGAGAAAUGUCCCCAACUUGUUCAUUUCCAGUUUGGCUUUUGGAGACUUGCUUCUUUUGCUCACCUGUGUACCUGUGGACGCCAGCAGGUACUUGUCUCCAGAAUGGCUCUUUGGUCGGGUUGGAUGUAAACUUAUUCCGUUUAUACAGCUUACUUCAGUGGGGGUGUCCGUCUUCACACUUAUGGCUCUCUCUGCAGACAGGUAUAAAGCGAUAGUGAGACCCAUGGAUAUCCAAGCUUCCCAUGCGCUGCUGAAGAUUUGCUUGAAAGCUAUCAUGAUCUGGAUUUUAUCCAUGUUGCUUGCCAUUCCUGAAGCCGUGUUUUCAGACUUGCGUCCCAUCUACGACCAAGGCACUAAUAAAACCUUCAUUACUUGUACACCUUAUCCACUCACCAAUGAGCUGCAUCCAAAAAUUCAGUCAAUGGCUUCCUUUCUCAUCUUUUACAUCAUUCCCCUCUCUGUUAUUUCGGUCUACUAUUAUUUCAUUGCAAAAAAUCUGAUACGGAGUGCUUACAACCUACCAGUGGAAGGAAAUGUAUAUGUAAGAAAACAGAUGGAAUCCCGAAAACGCCUUGCCAAGACUGUGCUGGUUUUUGUCUGUAUCUUCGCCAUCUGUUGGCUCCCUAACCACAUCAUCUACUUAUAUCGGUCAUACCAUUAUUCAGAAGUAGACACUUCCGUCCUGCACUUUAUCACCUCUAUUUGUGCUCGCACCCUGGCAUUUGCCAACUCUUGCAUAAACCCUUUUGCUCUCUACCUGCUCAGCAAAAGUUUUAGGAAACAGUUCAACCACCAGCUAUCAUGUUGCAAAGCCCGUGAUCUCAUUCGGUCCCAGAGUACGGGCAGAAGCACCACGCGGAUGACAUCCCUCAAGAGCACCAACCAAUCCAUGGUCACGUUCAGUUUUAUUAAUGGCAACCACCUAUGUCACAAGGGCAACAUAUAG